UUCAAAAUCUGUUUCUUGUACAGUGUGUAAAAAUGGCUCUAAACUGUGCUCCGCCAUUGCUAAAUCUCAAGCUCUGGAACAAGAACCAACAAGCCAAUUUCUGCGUCGCCAAGAGAUCAAAUGCUGUCAGCGGCAGAAACGCUCUUCUCCGGGGUUCUCACAGUCGCUCAAUUUUGGCUAAUCAUAACGGAUUUAGAAUGCAUUUUGUGCGCCCUACUGCUAAACGCAACCUCACGAAGGUUGGAGCUUCUUCGGAUGAAGCUCAAUCAUUGAAUUCUGAGCAGGAGGACUUUGCUUGGUCUUCUGUUUUGUUACCAUUUCUAUUCCCUGCCUUGGGGGGUUUGUUAUUUGGCUAUGACAUUGGUGCCACCUCUGGAGCUGCAAUUUCGCUGCAGUCACCUGAGCUCAGUGGUACCAACUGGUUCAACCUUUCAGCUAUUCAGCUUGGUUUAGUGGUUAGCGGCUCCCUUUAUGGUGCUCUUUUUGGUUCGCUCAUUGUAUAUCCCCUGGCUGAUUUCCUCGGAAGGAAUAGAGAACUUAUCAUUGCCUCCCUCCUUUAUUUGAGUGGUGGUCUGUUGACCGCCUAUGCUCCUGGCCUCGGAGUUCUCUUGAUAGGACGAUGCUUAUAUGGUCUUGGUAUUGGCAUGGCAAUGCAUGGGGCUCCCCUUUAUAUUGCAGAGACAUGUCCAUCUCAGAUUCGGGGCACUUUAAUAUCUCUAAAGGAGCUUUUCAUAGUUCUCGGGAUAUUGUUAGGCUACUUUGUUGGUAGUUUCGAAAUCAAUGCUGUUGGAGGGUGGCGUUACAUGUUUGGAUUCAGUGCCCCAAUCGCAUUGGUCAUGGGCCUAGGGAUGUGGAGUCUCCCUCAAUCUCCACGAUGGUUGCUUCUUAGGGCUGUUCAAGGUAAAGCGUCCUUGCAAGAAUACAAGGAAAAAGCUGUGCUUGCGCUGAAUAAACUGAGAGGCCGAUCAACUGAUGAUAAAGCAUCUGAGAAACAAAUUGAAGAAACCAUUGUUUCCUUGAAAACUGCAUACAGUGGUCAGGAUUCAGAAGGAAGUUUUCUUGAGGUUUUUCAGGGCCCAAGUCUGAAAGCCUUCAUAAUUGGUGGAGGAUUGGUCCUUUUUCAGCAGAUUACUGGGCAACCAAGUGUUUUGUACUAUGCAGGUCCAAUUCUUCAGACUGCUGGAUUUGCUGCUGCUGCUGAUGCGACAAAACUCUCAGUUGUUGUGGGGGUAUUUAAGUUGCUCAUGACUGGAGUAGCUGUCCUGAAGGUUGAUGAUCUAGGAAGAAGACCCCUGUUAAUAGGAGGGGUUGGUGGACUUGCUUUGUCUCUGCUGCUGCUUUCUGCCUACUACAAAUUCUUAGGAGGGUAUCCUCUGCUCGCUGUAGCUGCAUUGCUUCUCUACGUCGGUUGCUAUCAGAUAUCAUUUGGACCUAUCAGUUGGCUUAUGGUGUCCGAGAUAUUCCCUAGUCGGACAAGAGGAAAGGGUACCAGCCUUGCAGUACUAACGAAUUUUGGUUCAAACGCUAUAGUAACCUUUGCAUUCUCCCCGUUGAAGGAGUUACUUGGAGCUGAAAAUCUGUUCCUUCUAUUUGGAGCAAUCGCUAUCCUCUCGCUAGCAUUUGUCAUAGUCUAUGUUCCUGAGACCAAAGGGUUGAGCUUGGAAGAAAUUGAAUCCAAACUGUCGGAGUGAAAAUCUUUAAUUUGGCAGCUGUGGCUAUCAUUGCAGGUUUCGGUUCCUUGACGUUUUUAUAUAAAUGCGUACAUAUUACUUCCUAUGUUGACAUUUUAGACUCGCCACUAUACUCUUUUAUUGAGUUGAACUAAAUAUUCUGCAAGUGAUGUAAUGCAACCUUUGAUGAGAUUAGUUAAUAAAUAAAUAUCAUUUUGUUUA